GUCUCCAUUGUCGCUAUCACUCCAUUGGCCGAUGUAGUGAGGUGUUGGCAGUUUCCACUAACAACUACAGCUCCAUCUGUUUCACUGUAUAUCUAUGUAGCUGGAACAGCAGAUGAACUACAUUUUUGAACAAGGACAUAUCACAAUAUUUUCAAGACGGAUUUAACGAAUUAGGACGUGUUGGGGACAACCCACAAUUCAGAACAAACAGGUACCGGUGACUGUUGACCACUGGACAAUGAUAGUUGACCACAGUUAUUGACAAAGGUCUUGAUAAGAGUUUUGUGAGGCAUAGGGCUUUUGCAAACCUGAUACUACAACCAAGAGGCCUACCACAGCUCAGCCACACUCACUGGAAUAGGGCUGGUCAGAGUUGUCUCUCGUGACAACUGUCUUCCGUUGUGAGUCGUCCAGUUGCGACUAGAGGUUCUCACGAGACAAUGUUGAGAUUCGUUGUGGUCCUCCUGGCUACAGUGGGCACGGCCCUUGGCCAGGGUGCCGUCAAUACCGGGGGUCAGUACGACCCGAACGCCGGUCCAAGUGAUACUGUAGCGCGCCCACCGAAGGACUACCGUCCGUACUCUUCCUCCGAUGACGUCGGUCCCGGCUGGCAUUACUCAUCCUAUCCCAACCCGCAGACGGACCUUUUGGAAUGCGGCCGGGGGAACAGAAUGUCCUGGAUCUGUGAUCCCGACAGUGUCAUCACCAUGAGAGAAGCCGACGAACUCGACGCCUUGGCAGCAGACAUCCGACGUGAUACCAGUUGUCCUUGUAACAGCCAGGUGUGCACGAGGACGGCAAGACAAGCAGGGUUCAUUGUGGCUGUGGCCAUGAUGAACAAGAUUCAGAGACCAUACAAGUCAGAUGGAGGUUCAGAUCUUCUGACAGACUUCCGUAACUGGGUGACCAACCUGGAGAAACAUCGCUGGAGGUUCGAUCGGUGUGAUGAGGAUAUCAUCAUACUCUUCUCCAAAUAUGACUCCAUGAUAUACACAGUUACAGGAGAGAAGGCCCGAGAGACCCUGACUGAUGAGCUGCUCUACGAGAUUACUGUAGAUUCCCAGGAAUACUUUGCUCACAGCAUCUUCAUGGGAAUAAAACACAUGCUUUAUGGCAUUCGGAAAGUACUCAUGGGCAAACUGAAUGAGUAUCGAAGAGAAAGACAGCACCAUGCCCAGAUCUACUCUUACCAAUACUACAGAGGAGACAGGAGCAGCCAAAACCAGCAGAAAGGUGGAGCAGGCCGCUCAGCUGCCUCAAGGUCAAACAACUCCGCUGGAGCAGUGUUUUCAAGUCAAUGGUUGAUUGGACUUUCCAUUGCUGCUGCAAUGUGGAGAUUAAGAAAAUACUUUUGAUUUGAUAUACUAGAUUACAGCGGUUAGAAAACCAUUUUAAGUUAACAUAAGACAUUUGAUGAUGAAUCUCAGUUGAGUUAAAGGGAAAUCAGAAGGCUAAUGUCUUUCUUGCAAAUUCGGUGUACGGCUGAAUUUAAGCCUACAUUUACUUGGUGCUGCAAAUAGAAAGUACAAACUAUCAAAAUUUAAAUGUUGUCAUACAUAUACAAACCAGCCAUUUCUAUAUCGGUUUGUUCACUUCAACUUUAAUGCCAAUGGGGGCAGAUUAGGAGUCUGGCAAAUUGUCCUCACUUUCAAUUGAGGAGAAGGUGACUAGCAGUGACACACAUUGCAGCAAGAAGAUUACCUCAUCUACAUAUAGCUGUGUAAUUAUGCAUUUUAAUGUACAUGUUCAGCAUUUUACUUAUUCAUGAAUUAUACUCAUGCUUAAUUUGGAUUGAACAAAAAGGUUAGAAUAUGUCUCGACUUAAGAAACCUUUGUAAGAUAUGUGUAUGUGUUCAUUGAAUAAACUGAAUUUUUAACUUUAAAAA